AUGAAAAUUUACCAAAUUAUCAACCUCAUUAUCAAAUAAAACAAUAAGCAAACUAAGUAUGGCAACAAGAAUAGUAUUAGAACCAAAAUUAUUACGGAAAUCAAUGUAUAUUUUAAUCAAAAAUAAUAGAUUAAUAAUAAGAGAAGGCAAAUAUUAUUCAUAUUGUACAAACGUAAAAUUCUAAUAGAGAUUAAGACUCCAAAUGCUUUUAAUGUUAAAAAUGUUGCAGGAAAUGUUGGAAAAAAUUAUGCAAAGGUGUUUUCUUAUGCAUCUUCUUUACAGUUAUAUUUAUAAUUAUGGCAAUUCGGUUUGUAAAGGAUCUAUUAGAGGGACAUGAUAAUCAACAUCAAUGAAUUAUAUUUUUCAAUUAAAAUUAUAUGGUUCCUUACUUAAUUCUGUCAAUGA